AAAAAAAUUCUCGAUCAUCACAACAUAGUGUAUGAUAAUCAUGUUAAUUUAAAAUCAAAAAUGCUGAAUUUCUGCAGCUGUCCCGCAGUGAUGCUUAUGAAGCCUGUUAAAAAUGACUUUCGAAAUCUCAUAAAAAGAAUUUUUUUUAUCAUUUUUGUUACGUGAUAAUACUGGUUUGAUUCGGGUCGUUUAAAUGGAAUUGUAAUAAUCAUGAAAAGUAUCUUUGGAUCAGUAAGAAACUGAAUUUUAAGUUGUGAAGAUUAAGUUGCAAAAUUAUGUUUGUGGACAAGAUAAUGUUGAAGGUUUUGGCUGAUGCGAUCAUAAUUGCUAUACCCGCAGUUAUUGUUGCAAUUUUUGAGACCCGGAUUCAGCCAUUUCAUUUAGGAUUUUUCUGCAAUGAUCCUAGCAUCAUGUUUCCUUAUAAAAAGAAUGAAACAAUUCCAGGAACAGAAAUGGAAUAUUAUGGGACAUUAGCUGCUAUGCUAUUGAUUGUGAUCGUCGAGAUAAUUUUGCUUAAAUGUGAUGCAUCUUAUGACAAGAACUCAAGAACCUUAAAAUUACUUGGCUGGGAGAUUCCUCCAUUCAUUCAGAAUUUAUACAAGUUUAAUGCCUCAUUGCUUCUUUUAGAGACAGUAAAUCGAUGCAUUUCAGAUGGAAUUAAGUUAACAGUUGGAAAGUUAAGACCGCAUUUUAUAGAUCACUGCAAGCCAGUUCUCCUUGAUGGAACAACAUGUGCUGAUCCACAGAAUUUCAUGAAAUAUAUUUUGGAUUACAAAUGCUCGAAUGAAGAUGCAACAACGAGUUCUUUAAGGGAGAUAAGAAUGUCUUUCCCAUCAGGUCACGCUAACUACUCAUUUGUCACUGCAUGGUUCUGUGUGUUUUAUUUGGAAUGUCGUUUGAAGCAUAAAGGAUCGAAAGUAUUAAAGCAAUGUGUUCAAUUAGUCUUAAUUACUACAGCAAUCUACAUUUCAUUAACACGUAUAACAGAUUUCAAGCAUUCUUAUUCAGACGUAGCAACUGGAGUGAUCGGUGGAAGUUUGCUUGCCUACGUCAUCUGUUUUCAUGUGUCUGACUUUUUCAAGAAAGAAAGCAACACAAGUUGUGAUGAGGAAGUCUGAUAUUUGCUAUUGUGUUGAAAGUAGCUACUUAAUAAUGAUUAAACUAUGAAUAAAAACUUGAUUUAUUACGAUAGGCUACAGAAGCCG